GGGGACCAUAUAGUGCAGUCUAGCUUCCUGUCUCCCUGUGUGUAACAGUGAGUACAGUUUGAGUGAUGUCAGACGUGAUCUCAUCUCUGCACUGGGAGCAUCAGACUGACCAAUCAGUAGUGAGGGAGGUGCAACAGGGUUUAAAAGCAAAGUUGUUUCUCUGAAAAUCAACAUUUCCGCCUGGCUCUUCAUCAUUGGCGAGGGACUCUCGAUGCUAUCCGCCAAACGAGAAGCUACAAAAUGAAUUAUGUUUCUGGAUUCCUUUCAAUCGUUAUUGCUUUGUUCAUCUCUUCAACAGGGGCUGAAAAUGUGGUGUAUGGUCAGGUGGGAGGGACGGUCACACUCCCCAGAUUGAAGUGGGGUUCAGAAAAGGUGACGGUACAAUGGUACUUUGGGAUGGACCAAAAAUCUUUGAUAUUCCGCAACGCCCAGGGUCGAGAGACAAUAGAUCCAGAGUGGAAAGACAGGCUGUCUCUGUCCAAGACAGACUUUUCCCUGAUCAUCAACAAAAUCAGACUGGAGGACUUCAAAUCCUUCAAAUGUGAACUGAAAGAUUUCAGGCCAACACAAAUGAUCUCAGUCACCACAUUCAGACUGUCCCGUGUGAGUGUACAGCCAGUCUCUCCCCUGUUGGCUGGGAAGAAUCUUAAUCUGAAUUGUGACAUAAAGGAAAUAUUUGAGGGGACACAGAGAAGAUGGCUUAGUCCCCAGAAACAGGACCUGAACAAGGACAAGCGUGCCCAGAUUGGAAAUAACGGGGGCCUGACAGUAAUGAAUGUCACUGGCCAAGACCAUGGAGAGUGGACCUGUGUGGUGACAUACCAGGGCAGGGAAGCCUAUGCCAACACCCAUGUUACUGUAAUAGACCUCUACCCUGCUCAUCCACAGCCUAUCUACACCUCUGUCUCCUCCCUCUCUCUUCUCCAUCUGCCAUGUUUCUUUUCCAUUCCGCUCCCUCUAUCCUGGUCAGACAGCCAGGAGAAGAGCAUCCAGGGAGGCCGCUGGACCUUUACCCCAAGCCCAGCGGCAGGCUCCCUCACUGGGGUCGUCCAGACCCUCGUCAACCUCUCCCCGGGGCCUCCAUUAGCCUGGGCGGCCAAUCAGAAGAGAGGGCUGGAUGUCUCAGCCCUGCAGAGGAAAAAUAUAAACCUCUCCCUGUCAAAGAAAGGGGUGACAGAGGGGGACAGGGGCGACUACACCUGCGCUGUGGAGUUCCAGAGGGACGACACCCUGAAGAGAGAAAUGCGUGUGGAGGUGCUACAGGUGUUUACCUCUCCAGGUCCAGUGGCCUUUUUAGGUCAGGAGGUCAACCUCACCUGUACCCUGGGCCAGCCUCUGACCUCUGACCUGGAAGUGAAAUGGAUCCCACCACAUCACUCCUCCCUCCUCCCUUUAGACUCCUCCCCCCACCCCACCCUUCUCACCAUCCCCGUAGCGACGUAUGGAAAUGGUGGGAGGUGGAGGUGUGAAUUGUGGAGGAACAAAACCAAGCUGACAUCAGUGGAGAUCACUCUGAAGAUAGAGCGAGUCCCUAUGGACGUGUGGCUGUUGGUCACCAUCUGUGCCGCAGCCGUCAUCUUCGUCCUCCUCCUCAUCCUCACUGUCAUCCUCAUCCGACGCCGCAGACAGCGGGUGAUGAUGCCCAGACGUGGCAAAAGCAGAUUCUGCAACUGCCAAGACCCCAAACCAAAAGGAUUCUACAGAAACUAGAGACAUUGUACAGACCGGAAUCCCUGUCAAUGGACAAUGUGUCUACUGUUUUUGUCUUAGCUCUUCUAUUCUGACACAAAGAAACACCAAAAGGACAAAAGAAGCAAGAAAGAAGAUGUUUUCAUGUGAUAUUUGAUCAUAGAUUUCACAAGAGUAUAUUGUCAUGCUUUAUGACCUAUGAUUGAGCUACAAUUGAACAAAUACGGUAUAUAAAUAUGUAUUGCUACUGUCACUUUUGUAUUACUGUACACUGUAUUACUGUUCCAUGACAUAGACUGACCAGGUUAAUCCAGGUGAAAGCUAUGUCACUUGUUCAAUUCACCAUGGGUUGUGUGCGUGUGCCAUUCAGAUGCUGAAUGGGCAAGACGUAAAAUGUGUCUUUGAACGGGGAACUUGUAGUAGGUGCCAGGCGCACCGGUUUGUGUCAAGAACUGCAACACUCCUGGGGUUUACAUGGUCAACAGUUUCCUGUGUGUAUCGCAGUGGAGACUCCUCAGAGGAGGAAGGGGAGGACCAUCCUCCUGAGUGAAUGCCCUAAAAAUAAAAAAUAGUGAAAUAUAAUUUACAAAAAUCAUUUUUAGAUAAAACUAUACUAAAUAUAUUCAUGUCACCAAAUAGUUGAUUAAAACACACUGUUCUGAAAGGAAGGUCUACAGUAGCACUCUGUAGGUUAGCACCAUGGUGUAGCCGGAGGACAGCUAGCUUCUGUCUUCCUUUGUUUUUUUUGCCUGGUCACAGACAGCUGAUGUGUUCUGCACUGAAGUCCACAAGCGAAGGGGAGGAGAGCGAGUAGAUAGUCCCGAGAAGGAGUUAUACAACGUGCCGAGUGAUCAUGCUGUUUUCAUGUGGCUGCUAUGAAAGUGAACUGUGUUUGCGUGUGAUCAGUGGUCUAUUCAUUCCGUUGACUCUGUUGAAAAAUGUUUCUUAAAUGGAAGCAAACAGAACGAAAUGGGGAUAAACAUACUUGAAUCCGUCCAGUCGAAACGGCACCGACCGCCACUGAUAUCAAGAAUGGUCCACCACCCAAAGGACAUCCAGCCAAACUGUGGGAAUCAUUGGAGUCAACAUGGGCCAGCAUCCCUGUGGAGCGCUUUUCGACGCCUUGUAGAGUCCAUGUCACGACAAGUUGAGGCUGUUCGGAGGGGGUGCAACUCAAUACUAGGAAGGCGUUCCAAAUUUUUGGUAUACUCAGUGGAUAUUGCAUAGGACUGUUUUAGAGUCCAUUAUUUACUGAAUAUUUUAUUAAGAGAAUGGAAUACCGUCUCAAUACUAUAGUUUUUUUACGGUUUCAGGUGGUGUGAUCAGGCUCGUUCCAAAGUUUUGUUGAAUUGUUUGAAUUAGUAACAAAGAAAAUACAGGGGUUACUGCUGUUGUGUUAUAGGACUGUCAAAUAAAAUGUUGGAUUGUAUUGAAAUGAUUGAAUUAAACAAGAGUAAAAAAAACACGCAGUGACU